GAAAUUGGCGUCGUCCCUCUUUCUUUUAUCCAACGUAUAAUAGUGAUUCAAUCGAUGUUAUGAAUCAGUAUUCAUCGUGUUUUCACCCUCAUCGAACCUGCAUUUAGCGUUGUUUACAGUCGCUGAAGCAAUAAUGGGUGUGUCAGAGUGGCUUGUGCUCAUCAUUCCCAUUGCGGCGUAUCUGAUCUACCGGUGGAGUAUCGCAACCUAUGGCUAUUUCGAUAAGCGAAAGGUACCAUACGUGAAGCCGCAUCCGUUCUUCGGGGGCCUGUGGCCGGUUUUCUCCGGCAAGCUCCACCCUAGCGAUGCCGCCGUUCUGGGGUACAACAUGUUCCCGGAAAAUCGUUUCUCAGGAUUUUUCACGUUCCGCCAACCGGGAUAUUUGGUCCAUGAUCCAGUGUUGGCCAAACAGAUUAUGAUCAAAGACUUCGAUCACUUCACCGAUCACAUGAACACGAUUUCGGUGGAUGUGGAUCCCAUCUUUGGGCGUGCGCUGUUUUUUAUGGACGGCGAACGAUGGCGGCAUGGACGGUCUGGAUUGAGUCCCGCAUUCACAGGAAGCAAAAUGAGGAACAUGUUUACUUUGCUGUCGAAGUAUGUGGAUGGUGCCAUGCAGCGGUUGGCGCAGGAUGCCGUACAAGGGAAGAUGGAAUUGGAAAUACGUGAUCUGUUUCAAAAGCUUGGAAAUGACAUCAUCACUUCGAUUUCGUUUGGCGUUGAAAUCGACUCAGUUCAUAAUCCGAAUAACGAAUUUUUCAAAAGAGGUAAACAGCUGGCUGCCACAGGAGGAUUCCAGGGUCUCAAGUUUUUCCUAUCGCUGGUUAUUCCGAAUAGUGUCUUCAAAUUUUUCGGAAUUAGAUUUCUUCCCAAGGAAGUUGCUGAUUUCUAUGUUAAUGUCAUAUCGAAAACCAUCAAACUACGCGAAGAAAAUAAAAUCGUGCGACCUGAUUUCAUACAUUUGUUAGUUCAAGCUCGUUCGAAUGAACUUAAAGAAGAUAAGGCAGACGACGAACUGAAAAGUGCUGGAUUCACUACUGUUGAGGAGCAUAUUGAAGCAUCAACGGAGAACAGUCAAUAUACCGAUUUGGACAUCACAGCUGUAGCUGCGUCAUUCUUUUUCGGUGGCAUAGAAACGACAACGAAUUUGCUUUGUUUCGCUUUGUAUGAAAUAGUGGGAAAGCCAGAUGUCAAACAAAAGUUGGAAGCCGAAAUUGAAUCAGUCAGAAAUGAACUGGGAGGAAAAGCUUUGACCUACGAAGUACUCCAGAAGAUGAAAUACCUUGACAUGGUCAUAACGGAGGGUCUACGUCGAUGGCCACCACUAGGAUUCACCAACCGAGUUUGCGUUAAGCCAUAUACCUUCGAAGACUACGACGGUACAAAAGUAACCGUUGAAAAAGGUCAAGUUGUUCAGAUUCCAAUGCUGUCGUUUCAUCGAGAUCCAAAAUUCUUCCCCGAUCCAUACCGCUUCGAUCCGGAACGAUUCUCCGACGAAAAUAAACACAACAUCAAUCAGGAUGCGUUCCUACCGUUUGGAAGUGGACCCCGAAACUGCAUCGGAUCAAGACUGGCACUGAUGCAAGCCAAAUGCUUGUUGUAUUAUUUUUUCGCAAAUUUUUCAGUGGAGUAUUCCAACAAAAUGGAUGUGCCAAUCAAAAUUAAUAAGUUAUCGUUGACAUAUACCGCACUAAAUGGAUUUUGGUUUAAUUUGACGCCAAGAAAAGUAGCAACAUGAGAAGUGUGGAGCAUUUGCCAAAUUGUCAAUAUUCAUUAUUAAGAUUAAUGUUUUAACCAAUAAAUAAU